AUGGCAGAACUCGCCGCCCUCGGUAUUGCUGCCAGCGUACUCCAAAUCAUCGAUGUUGGCGUCAGAGUUGUCGAACGUCUCAAUGACAGCCGAAAAAAUGGGACGACCCUUCCACACGCAUUCAGGCAUAUCAAUACCCGACUACCGGUGUUUAUUGAUGCGCUGAGGGAGACAAAAUCAAGACUUGAGGAUAUGACAGACAGCGCAAGAAAGGCAAUCAGGCCAGCAAUUGAAGAAUGUUUGAUACAGAUCCAGAAGCUCGAAGCAACACUCGAUAAAGUUCUGCCAAGUGAAAAUGAGUCUGGGGCAAUGCGAGGCUGGAAAGCUGUAGUCAGUGUGAAGUAUGAUAAUGAUGUCAAAGAAAUGGACGAGGUCAUCAGACAUUACAUGGAAGCGAUGGCACAACACCGCCAAUUAUCUAGUUCUAAUCACAAUUCAGAAGGUCGAAGAGACCCACCAAAACCAAGCUCCACGUGUCCUUUCGAACAAGAACCUGACUUCAUAGAUCGUGACGUUAUGGGCGAAGUGAUGUUAAAAUGUCAGCCUGGUACAAAGUUGGCGCUCAUGGGCAUUGGCGGCGUUGGCAAGUCUCGUUUGGCGAUUGAGUAUACUUAUCGCAUGCGGGAGGCUUUUCCCCAGAUGUGGAUAUUCUGGGUAUCCGCGAAAGACACAACCGCCAUUGAACUGGAUUUCAGAAGGAUUGCAAAAGCCGUCCGCCUUCCAGGAUGGGACGAGAAAAACACAGAUAUAUUUACUUUGGUUCGUGACUGGCUCAAAGACGAGUCCAACGGGCCUUGGGUGAUGGUCGUUGACAAUUUAGACGAUCCUGGCGUUCUCACUGCAACACCAGCGAAAGCCAAUGCUUUUGUGGACAUUGAUGACAAAGCGCCUUUGCAUCAGAUUCGCGAUUUCAUAACAGUUUCACGAACCGGGUCGGUAUUGGUCACCUCGAGGAACAGGGAUGCGGCGCAAAUGAUCACCGGCAAUUGCGCCUAUCAUAUUGACGUCGAAGAGAUGAACGAAGGGGAAGCAUUGGCCUUGUUGGGGAGCAAACUCAACAGCAAGGUUCUCUACAUCGAUACCGAUGCCGCCGAGCUUGUCAAAGCUGUCGACUAUAUGCCCCUCGCAAUUUCACAAAUUGCUACCAACAUCAAUAUCAACUACCCACGUCUUACUAUCGUCAGAGCCACUGAAAAACUCCUCAGUCCAAACGAAGAUACCAUUCAACUCCUAGAAACAAGUAUGCAUGAAGCAAGUAGGGAUACUCAACGAACCAAUUCCAUCGUUAAAACAUGGCAUUUGUCCUUCCAGUAUAUUCGCGAAACGAAUCCCUCAGCUGCCAGGCUUCUCUCGCUGAUGUGUUUGUUCGAUCGGCGUGGAAUUCCGGACGUACUUCUCUCCGGUCAAUACGGGGAAGAAACAACCGCUGUCAUAGCCCCACUAGAACCCCGCAUUACUUGGUGGAAGCGGUUCCGGCGACGGCCCUUGCGAUUGAAACGACGCAAGCGCUCCGUAGAAGAUAAGACAGCAGUACAAGAUAUAAAGAGCACUUUUGACGAUGACUGGAGAGUGCUGACGGACUUCGCGUUGAUCAAAACGAACGUUGAUGGGCGAGAAUUUAACAUGCAUCGACUUGUGCAGCACACAACUAUGAGAUGGCUUGAGAUGAACGGAGAACUAAAGUCUUGGAUGAGAAGAUACAUUGCGAUCAUGGGGAAAUGCUUCCCGUCGAAGCCGGAGUAUGAUAAUUUGACCCUCAGUGUCUACCUCUCCCCGCAUGCUCAGCAAGCAGCAGCAUACAAGCCGACCAACGAAGAAGCACUGCUUACAUGGGCGCCACUCAUCUCCAGUGUUGCAGCGCACGCGAGCUAUAUGAGCAAUUACGCGUUAGCGGAAUCCCUGAGUCGUGCCGUCUUCGAGUUGUACAAGGCUACACUUGGGAAUGAAAAUGAGCACACGCUCAGGAGUGCUCAGCAGCUUGCCGAUGCUCUUCAUCCUAGGAAUCAUAACGAAGAGGCUGAGAAGAUUUACAGAUGGACUUUGAGUGGGAGACAGAAAUUACUGGGUCAAGAGCACAAAGAUACAUUGCACACACUGAGUUGCAUCGGAGACUUAUUGCAUAAACGUGGAAAGAUGGAGGAAGGUGACGCAGUUUUCAAAAAGCAUCGAGAAGCAAAAGAGAAGAUGUUAGGUUUUGAGCAUCCUUCGGUGCAGCGUAGUCUUCACUUCGCUGGACUUAAUUUCUUCCUCCGUGGCAUGUUCGCAGAGGCAGAAGACAUACAACGACGUACUUGUACGCAUGCUAUAGCUACAUCUGGUGUAGGUAGCGACGAAGCGUUGAGCCUCAUGAGUAUGCUUGCUGCUACGCUGAAUAUGCAAGAGAAAUAUGACGAGGCCGAGUCGCUGUAUCGCAGAAUCCUCAGAUUAGAACUUCAGAACAACGACGGGAAGGAGGGCUUAUCGUUUUUCAAUGGCAUAAUUAACCUGGGCAAUAUGAUGGAAUUCCAACAGCGUUACGGGGAAGCAGAGCACCAGUAUCGACAGGCUGUGGAUGGCUUCAAAGACGUGUAUUCACCUGAACAUGCAGAAGUCCUGAAGACUCAGGAACGCCUUGCUCUACUAUUAUCUCAACAAAAGAAAUUUGGAGAGGCCGAAUCCCUAGCUAGGUAUAUUGUCGACACCAGGAGGCGAGUUCUCGGAAUAGAUGACUGCGAUACUUUAGCUGGGCUUCAUACGCUUGCUAAGAUUCUAGAUGUGCAAGGGAAACAUCGAGACGCGGUUCCCCUCUUUGAUCAGGCGUAUAUAGGAACGAAGAGCCUGUAUGGUACCGAUCAUCCUGUUACGAUCGAGUUCAUGAACGAUUUCAACCAAGCGAAGAACAAACAGCUAGAAUGGGUGCAAGAAGAGACCGAUAUCGGGCUGAUCAAGGAAGUUUGCGGGCAUUUUCAAGAGCCGCCUUUAGCUAAUUUGCCACCACAAGCUAUCGUGGUCUGA